GUCCUGAGCCAUGGCAACAGCGUGACGUGGGGGUACUGAGAGCCGCGGGAGCAGCGGUCGCGGCUUCAGUUCUAGGCUACCCAGUCGCCCGGGCGGGAGGAGCCGCCGGCCCGGCCCUCGGGGGCCCUGAACUCGCCCAGCGAUCGCUUCCCUCCGCUCUUCCUCUGGAGUGAGGAAGGCGCAGCGGGUAUCAGAGCCAAAAGGGCAAGGGAGGGUCGCGCGCAUGGCCUCGGCGGGCGCGCGGCGGCUCCCGGCGGGUACGCGCGCCGCUGCCCGGGGUUGCGGUGGCUUCUCUGUGCGCCCGGCCCCGCCCCCGGGCCCUCUGCGACCGCCAGGACCAAUGAGAUUUCUGAUGUCCUGCAGCCUCUUCUUGCCCCGGGCUGUCCAGGUCUUGGCGGCUGAGGCUGACUUAUCUCCCAGACGUUCCUUUAUGGGCUUUGCUGCCCCCUUCACCAACAAGCGAAAGGCUUACUCCGAGCGUAGGAUCAUGGGGUACUCAAUGCAGGAGAUGUACGAGGUGGUAGCCAAUGUCCAGGAGUAUCGUGAGUUUGUACCCUGGUGUAAGAAGUCCUUGGUGGUAUCCAGCCGCAAAGGUCACCUGAAGGCCCAGUUGGAGGUUGGCUUUCCACCUGUCAUGGAACGUUAUACUUCUGCUGUUUCCAUGGUCAAACCUCACAUGGUCAAGGCUGUUUGCACUGAUGGCAAGCUCUUCAACCACUUAGAGACCAUUUGGCGGUUCAGCCCUGGUAUUCCUGCCUAUCCGAGAACUUGCACUGUGGACUUUUCAAUUUCCUUUGAAUUUCGUUCUCUGCUGCACUCCCAGCUGGCCACCAUGUUUUUUGAUGAGGUUGUCAAACAGAAUGUCGCUGCUUUCGAGCGUCGGGCAGCAACCAAGUUUGGUCCAGAAACAGCCGUCCCUCGUGAACUGAUGUUCCAUGAGGUGCACCAGACCUGAGGCAAAGGACUGUUCCCUAGCCUCUCUUCUCUCCUCCCUCCCCACCCAAUUCUCUUAUUUAUUUCAUUUGGCUACUGCUCCAAUGAGUCUAUGCUCAUUAACACUGUUCUCCUUCUCCAUUCCCUGGAAACUGGGCUCUAAACUGGGAGAAAGAAAAGGCAGGGGGGUAUGGAAAGGAGACGUGCCUAGGAGAGGGUCAGGCACAUCUUGAGACCCUGUAUGCCUGAUGCCUGCAACUUUCUCACACUGAAUUGUAAUCAGGACUGUAUGGCCAUUUCUGAGCUCUUGUCAAGGUGCCUUACCAGGUCAAGGUGCCUGACCAGGGGGGAGACAGCAAUUUUCCUAAGGAUUGAACACAAUGAACUCUUUCCUCUGACACAGAGCUGCUGGGUGGUCAAUAACUUUGCCUGCCUGAAAUUCCUCAGGAGAUGCCUGAGAUCUGGCCCCAGCCUGAAAUCCUUAGCAUGACACUUUAAGGAUGUUUCCAUGCUGUCUGACUAGUAGACAGCAAGGAGCUUUCUUAUCAGUGCCAGAGGGACAAGGAGCAAAAAAGCACUGAACAGCUGUACUUGUGGGUUGUACCUUAUUCUUCCACUUGGCAUGGGUUUUUAUAAAAAUUCAAUAAAUUAAUUGUGAUGGUGUGAAUUUGGCUUUUUUAUAUUGUUUCUUGGGGAAUACUGUAAAUAUAGCAGAGUAGAAGAAAGUCAUGGCUUCCUUCCCUAGGGAAGUGAAGGUGCAAGAAGGCCUCUUGGACACAGUGUCCCUGCUAACUAUAGUAGCACAUUGGACAAGCCAGGACCUAGUACCCACUCCCUUGCCUAUUUAUAGACUUUUUCAGAAGGUCAGUUGCAGCAGGAGUCUCGGGACAGAGGAGUCUGGCCUCAGACCUCUCAUAUAACUGAUGCCCUCAGGACCACCUCUUAUUCUGGGGGAUCCUUAAGGGAGACUGCAAAGACUUGGCAUUCCAUGAAGUUCCAGAGCCUUCUAGAGGCUCAAGAGUCUGAGCCAGCAUCCUACCCUAUUUGCCCUUGGUAUUCUUUGUUCCUUUCAUCUCGUGGGCUGUACCAUCUUCCUUGGAUUAGUCACAUAAGCAGCUGUGAGCUCUCAACUAUAGUCCUUGAGUGUUGUACCUUACAACAGAUACAGGAAGGAUAGGGACUAAAGAUCAAAGACUUCUAACCUAGAAGACAGACAGAAAUCUCCUUUGGAUAUCUCACAAGGAACCUGCCUUCCGAUUAGGGUAAAUGAAUGCCAUACCUGCCUCAAGAUAAAGAGAGGCACAGGAUAACUUAACCAACUAUGUCCAGGAUCUUGCUAGCCAGAGUCCUUACCUCAUAAGAGACUCUUCCGGGCCCUAUUUAAUAGGCUCAAACAUUGUUAAUAAAAACAUUUAUUUUGCAUUUUAUACAGAACAACCUGAAGUCUGCAUCAUGACUUGACAGUUACCCAGAGGUUUACAGACAGUAUUAUCCAUCUCAACAGUGUGGUUCUGGGGAUUAGGGAUCCACACAAACAGGCAGGAGUUGCAAAGGAGGAAGGGGGCACAGCAGGAGUGUAUUUUAAUCCUUUCUUAAAAAGAAAAGAGCAUUCGGAGUCACUGGAAACCUGUGCACAUGGGGCUUCUACAACAAACACUGUACUGUGAGCUCUUGGGGAAAGGCAGGAUGAGGACCCUGAUAAAUAAAGGGUUAUUUGCUUACGGCAGAGGGUGAUGAGGGAGGUUUACUAGUUUUAACGCCCUCGGCCCUAGUACCUGAUAUUUGAAGGAGAUCAUGUCCAAUCUUAAAUCAUUUCCCUGUUCAGAAAGAGGUGCUAGUUAGUACCCCUGGGAUCAGGCCAUGAAAAUAUCAUGCUGGUCAUUCCCAAGAUCCUAUUCUAUAGCCCACAGCAUUUUAGGAAAAAAAAAAAGAAAAAAAAA